AUGUCCGACGACGUUGGUGCGGGUGGGUCCAUAGGAGGUGUAGGGCAGAAGGGCAUGAAGAUGAGGCCCUCAGCAGAGCGACGCGGCGCAUCUUCUAUUGUUAAGGCUUGAAAGUUGGCAUCUCUAUGAGCAUCUCUAUGGUUUCUCCAAGUAGGAAAGCCAUAGAUAUGCGGGCUAGAGAUGCCAACUUUCAACCCCUAAUAUUGCAGGGUCGGCCGCUAAUAGUGCUGGCACAGCGGCUAAUACUACAGUGGAUGCUCCCAUCGAAGCUGCACGACGCUCGGGUGACGAAAGCAUGCUGGAGACUCUGCUCAGGGGAUACGAGAAGGAGAACGAAAAACUGGUGAACGAAAACCGCGAACUCAGGAAAAAUGCGAAAGAGCUGACAGGAGAGAAUCAGAGAUUGAAUUAAGGCCACAACGCCUGGCCUCUGGCCCUGAAUUGUUAUCAGCAUUAGUCUCUACGGGCACUACGGACAGUGUCAUCAGGGGCAAAUACAUGACAUGGCCGUUGGGAAGAGACUUGAGCUUGUAACUUUAAUUGUAGCGUGGGCUCUCACAAGAUACAAAAUAUUUUUUGUUUUUUGUUAGAAAGAUCGUUUCUUGAAUUCUAAGGCUCUCGACGAGAUUGUAGCUCUUGAUGAGUGAAAGCUGGCAGACGUAAUCUAGAGUUGCAGAAUGUUCAAGAUCCUAGAUGAGUCCAAUGAUGUAGUUGAUUGUAGAUGUUGCGCCUUGAAAUCUUCCAUUAUAUAUGCCUGUCUCUAAUUUCCUAUUGACGCAGAGAAGCAGCGGGAUGAGAUUGCACAGCUCAAAGUAGCUGCAGAGCUCAACUAUGCUGCUUUGCAGGAGAAAGGCCCUCUUAGAAGCAAUUUUGUUACUCCUCUCGGCUCUCCAGCCUCGCCAGGCUACUCUGCUGGGGGACUGGCAGAAAGUGGUGUUAUGGUGGAUAACUUCAACUUGCUUUUGUUUUCUCAAAAGGGUCCUUUCUAGGAACCAGUUACGUUGAAUAACAACUCUACACUUCUAAGACAAAGUACCCGAACAACAAAUCAGUAGUAGAUGCAGGCAGCGCAGGUCGGAGUCCACUGGGAGCUGAAGGCGCAGCAGAGACGGG